AUGGCUACCAAGAGAACCCUUCUUCAAAGACAGUUGGAUGAUUCAUCAUCCGAUGAUGAUGAUGAGUUGGAGAUCGUAGCGGCUGCUGCAAUUGUGAACAACUUUGUCAAUGUUAAGAAGAAACACGGUGGCUCUGUCAAAGGCCGUAGAUUUCUUCGUCGUGAUAGAGAAGGCGGGCAUGAGAGGAUGUUUCAAGAUUAUUUGACGGUGAAUCCAACAUAUGGCCUUGAAAUAUUUCGUCGAAGGUAUAGGAUGUCUAGGGAGCUUUUCGUACGCAUAAUGAAUGCCGUAGAAGCACACGAUGAUUACUUUGUGCAGAAAAGGAACGCGGCCAAUGUACUUGGUUUGUCUUGCUUCCAAAAAAUCACGGCCGCAAUGCGUAUGAUGACUUAUGGGGUUCCUGCUGAUGCGACAGAUGAGUACGUUCGCAUCGGUGAAAGUACAGCACUAGAGAGUUUGCGAAGGUUUGUUGAAGCAGUUGAUGAAAUAUUUGGAGAAGAAUAUCUCAGAUAUCCCAAUGAGGCAGACACCGCGCGAUUACUUGCAAUUGGUGAGCAAAAAGGUUUUCCAGGAAUGCUAGGGUCAAUAGAUUGUAUGCAUUGGGCAUGGAAGAACUAUCCGUAUGAGAAACAGGGUCAAUACAAGGGUCAUGUGGAGAAACCAACUAUCAUUUUGGAGGCUGUUGCUUCGGACGACCUUUGGAUAUGGCAUGCUUUCUUUGGGAUGCCAGGGUCUCAUAACGAUAUCAAUGUUCUUCAUAGGUCUCCUUUGUUUGAUAAUUUGGCAGAAGAUGGCAUAUACCCCACAUGGGCUACAUUAGUGAAGUCCAUCACUGCUCCUAUGGGGAACAAGAGGCAAUAUUUUGCAAAAGCACAAGAAGCAGCCAGGAAGAUGGUUGAGAGAGCAUUUGGAGUCCUUCAAUCUAGAUAUGCCAUUGUUCGAGGGCCGGGUCGCAUGUGGGAUAUUGAAACAUUAUCAAAAAUUAUGAGAGCUUGUGUGAUUAUGUACAACAUGAUUGUCGAAGACGAAGGAUUCGUUGUUGAUCCUAACGAGCGUUUUGAGUACGGCGGUCAAAAUGUGGAGCCCGAACAUGGAAAGCCUACUCGUUCGCUUGAGGAAUACAUUGAAGCUCAAAGGAAGAUCAGAGACAAAGACACAUAUGUGCAAUUGAAAGAAGACCUCAUCGAACAUCUGUGGAACAAUCAUCCAGAUUUAUACUCGUAUAAUAUAUGAUAUAGUUAUCCACACAUUUAUAUUUCAUCCAUACAUUUUAAUUUAUAUUUCAUCCA